AUGUCUGACCAAGAAACCCCUACCCGCUCUCCAAAACGCCGGGGCUCUGGCGCUCUUGACACCCUCAAGAAUGCUCUGUCCAUGUCCCCAUCUUCUCGCCAAAAACUGUCCCUGGCCCAACUUCCAACUGGCCCAACAACAUCCGAACAAGUAUCACAAAAACAACAACAACAGGAUCAUCUUCAACUAGAAGACUACCAGUCAUCUUUUGAAAACUUUGAAUCCAUGAGAAUGUCUCCGGGAAGCCCUCAUAUGGCUCCUAUUAAUACCAACAUUCCUGUAGCUGCAUCGCCGCCAAUUAAAACCCCUGUGUCGGCCACCUCCUCACCUUCCAAGUCCCAUAUUUACCCCGAGUAUUCCACCUCUCCUUCCAAAUCAAUAAAAAGCGCAACAAGCCAAUACCACACCUCACCCUCUGCUGCUGCCGCUGCUCUGGCUUCUUCCUCUAACGCCCAUGUCAAGUCUGGACGCAUCCGGAUCGUCGAUUCCCCAGCAGUUAUGCCCGCUGUUCCAAUGGUAGUUGGGUCUGCAGCCACCGUGGUCCCCUAUGUCGCUUCUGAGGAUAGCGGUGAUGAUGAGGCCGAAAUCAGUGGCAUCUCUGCUGCCGAUUUAAAUGACAACAACGCUGCAGAACACAGUUAUUAUAAUUUCCAAGCUCACGAUGCGGUGGCUGCUCAAAGUGCUCAGUACUACUACGGAGACGAAACUAGUUCUGCAGCAAAAAAUGGAAUGACUUUUUCUCCAUCUCAAGACAGCAUUUCCUCUAAUUUUUCUGAUGUGAUUGAAAGCUACAAUGAUACUCCAUCAGAUGCACUUUUUCAUUCUCCUACAUACGCAUUGACUCAAGGGAAUUCAGCAGCAAUUGCUCCCUUUGUGGCUUCUUCUGUUGGGGCAACUACAUUUACUCAUCCGGAUAUGCAACAUUUUGAAAGCGCUGGAACCAUUCAACAUGGUACUCCUAGUGAUUCAUCUUCGUCUUAUGUUCAUGUUGGUAAUGAACGAAGUAAUUCAAUCGAAUCAAGUUUCCAUAACUUGUCUGUUGGAUCGUCUCCAUCCGUUGGAACAAAUACAAACCAAGAAAAGCAGCAGCAGCAGCAACAGCAACAACAAGAGCUUGAGCAUGAGCAUGAGCACGAACACGAGCAUGACGAACUUCUCCCGGAAAGCAACUUAAGGUCAGUUCCAGAUUUACUUGCAGCGCAUAAGCAACGACAAAGCAUGAAUAAUUACCAAAGCAAUAUAGAUUAUGAAUUCCAACAGCACAUGCAACCACAUGAUGAGACAGCUUAUCAUACUGGCCUUGAAUCCCAUGAAGCCUAUGGCGAUCAAGCAUCAUCCAUUAUGUCGGGUGAGACAUCCUCAUUUUAUCCAGAAGACGAGCGCCUCAAUGUACCAAUCCCCGCUCCUGCUACUCCCAAUACCAACCUUUCGCAUGAUCCUCAACACAUUUUACAAAAAUAUCAUCCUAAACAUGGUUCCUUUGCUUCCAGCAUGCACCCCCCAGUACAUGGUGGGGCCGGCCAUUCUUAUUCUGCAUCCACAUCUAGCAGUGUUAGUGGUCGCCGUUACCUUAAUGCCCCAGACCCUAACUCGCCAGCACGUACUUCCAUCAUUUCAACAGCGAGCUCUGCCAUUUUAGAUUCGUCAGGUGGUAUUCCCAAUCUUUCUGAGUCUAGUAAUGUCUCACUCAAUAACCUGAGUAGAAACGGUAGUGGGAGCAGUCACGGUAACAUGCAUAGGAGCCAGGAUAUGGCCAUGUCAGAUCCCAAUGGCAUCAACGACUUACAUCAUGAUAAUAUGAGCAUAUACUCGACGGUCAGUACAGGGACCAUCAAAAAUGGGCUUGCUCAUUCGGCAGGUGAUUUGGUGGAUAAUGAUGUAGUUGUUCCUCCUGGCGGCCAUGUUGCGCCAUUAAACCUGGGCGACGAUGAUCCAAACAAUGCCGGUCAGCAGUUAUUUACAAGAACCAACGAGUUGCUCAUGAAUCGCCAGGCUUCUGGAGGUAAGACUGGUGUUGCCACUGUGAGCGUUGAAGAUAAAUUCAAAAAUGAGCAUAUUCGUGCGCCUGUUAUUAUUGACGACAUAACAGGAGAUCCAUUAGUUUUCUAUCCAGCUCCAAUUCCUGUGCAGCUCAAGCUUCCGCCCCUGUUGUCAAAGCGCAACCAAGAGCUUCGUGCUGCAGCCAUGCUUAAGGCCCGUCAAGGUGAUCGCAUGGUUAUGCCGCGCGGUGCUGGGUUAACACGGAUUUCGUCCAAGGCAAUUGCCAAGAAAAACCGGCCCAAGACGUUUAUGAUUCCGCCUCCGCCAGUUUGGAAUGUGGAUCCGACUGUUAUGCCUGAUGCUGUUAUGAAGCACAAGCGUACGACAUCGUCGGGUUCGUCCAUUAUGCUUGACCGUCGCAGGUCGUCCAGCAGACUGAGUAUGUUGACCAUGGAUACAGACGUGUUGCCGAUUGAUGGGAAAUCGCAUCAUCGCAGAAAGUCGUCCACAGGGACCCUGGGGACCAUUGUGACAUCUCGACAUAAACGGAAAGAGUCUCAGGGGUCCAUUGGAACGGAGAUUGCACGAACGGAAGAAAGCGAUUUUGAUUCUGAUUCUGAUUCUGAUUCUGAUUCUGAUUUCGAUGAUGAUGAUGAUGAUGAUGAUGAUGAGACCGAUACUGAGACUGAGAGCGAAACUGAGGACAAUCUUGAGGUCAAGGAUGAAAACCAAGAGAUGGAUGGUGUGGAGAAUGAUGCUAAUGGUGAAAAUAAAAUUAGGCUGGUAGUUGUUAACAAGGAUGAAGUGAAGGAUGAAGAUGAAGAAGUUAAUGAGAAUAGAGAAGCUAACAAUGAGGAAGUGCAUUCUGAAGGCGAAUUUCAUCAGGAUGAAGUGGAACAAGUGGAAGGUCAAGAGUUGGGCGAUAGUCUAAAGAAGAAGAAAAAGAAAAAGAAGAGUAAAAAGGCUAGAAAAGCUAGAAAAGCUAGAAGAGCUAGAAAGGCUGCUGCUGCUGCUGCUGCUGCUGCUAUCGCCUCUGAGGCCGAAUCCGCAGUUCCUAAUUCCAAUGAGGAACCAAUUGAAGGGGAAAUUGUUGAUCGUGAAGUUGUUCCUGGUGAAGAAAAUGUGAAAGAUGAGCCAGUUCAAGCUAGCGAAGAACAACAACUACAACAAACUGAAGACUCGGAAGACGCUGAUAAGGUUAUUAAACUUGACGCACUCAAUGUUCCCAAGCAGCGCAAGUCAAAGCGCAUGUCUACAGUGUCUAAAAUCAGUUAUAUCGAUGGAGGUCGGGACGACUGGGACGAUGACUACGAAGAAGAAGAGUAUGAGAGUCAAGGUGAGGAAGAAGGAGAAGAUGUGGAUGAGGACGACGACGAUGAAGGCGAAUAUGAUAAUGGGUUUUGGCAUUAUCUCAAUGACGAGGUGGUUAGUGAUUGUGCUACUUUGCCGAGUGAUGAGGAAUACCAGGAAGAUAUGCUUGAUGAUGAUUCUGAGACUGAGAAGAACAAGACAGAGGCUGAAAGAGAGGCUGAGCGACUUGGUAUGGGCAACAUGAACAUUGAUGAUUUUGCAUUUACGUCAUUCAAUCCCAACUCUGCGGUGACGGACCGUGGGCUUCUUGCCGGCUCGCUUUCGUAUUCUAGUGGAUUAUACCCUGCUGUUGGAGUGCAACCGCGCUCUUUGAUUGAGGAGUUGGAGAUUCGCAAGGCUGAGCGUAAGGCACGGGUGCAAAAAGUGUAUUAUGAUAUCAACACGGGUAAUGCGAUUGCAGCGGACAUGUAUGGCAGACAAGCUCCAGAUCCUGAUCAGUUGAUUCGAUACCCGAACUCUGAGCAUCCGUUGAAUGAGCGGAUGAAUAAGAGUUUGCUUGAGCUACAGCAGAUUGCACAGAAAGAUUACCGAGGAGAACUGCAACACCGACGACGAAUUCAGGAUCUGAAGGAUGCUGAACGACAGGCAUAUGUAUAUGGAGGGUUCAAUGGAUCUAAGGCGAUGUUGAAUCAUAUGGGGUUGCUGCAAGCACCAGCGAGUGAAGAGCCUGAGAAUCCGAAUGAGACUUUGAAGGAGCGGCGAGAGCGGUUAAAGCGGAAGAAGCAGGAGGAGCGGAGAAAGAUGGAGGCAUUAAUGGCAUCGAUUGAGAGUGGAGUGUCGAUGCCUGGAGAGGGAGGUAUUGAAGAUGAUGAGGAGGAACCACCUGGAGAGACACUUGCCGAGAGACGUGCACGGAUCAAGAAGAAGAAGAGGGCGGCACGUGCGGCUUUGGAGAGUAAUGGAGAGCAGCAGUCGUUAUUGGGGACGGAGAGUAUUUUGAGCAGUGCUGCAUAG